AAAGAACGUUCACUGUCGCCCCGCUGCUGCUCUUUCGUCGCCGCUCAUAUCGAUCCUACCGCCAACAUCUUCAUGGUGGUCGUGCAUGUCCUUCUGUUGACCGCGGCGUUGGCCAUCGUCGCGCUGUACGGGUAUACCAUGUUCUCGUACUUUCUACGUUUUGCAUGUCACUUGUACUUUCGCCGCAUCACCGUCCACGGCGUGAACAACCUCCCUCGAGAAGGUCCUGUGGUCGUGUGUCCGAACCACCCAAACAUGAUGAUAGACGUCCUUCUUGUCUUGACGCAAUGUACACACAUGGGACGCAAUCCAUACGCGUGGGCGAAGGCUUCGAUGUUCAAGAACCCCGUUGCCGGUCGCAUCUUGCGCGCGCUCGGGGCGGUUCCCGUGUACCGACCACCGGGUAAACUAGCCAACCAGGACGUGGACUCGGAGAAAACGCCGGAGGAAAUCGCCGCCGCCACCCGGCACAUGUUUGAGGACACGUGGAAGGUGCUCCAUCUCGGCCAUCUCGUCGUGCUGUUUCCCGAAGGCACGUCGUACACGUUGCCGCACAUGUUGGAGUUGCGCACGGGGGUCAUGCGUGUGGCCACGGGCUUUGUCAAGGCGUACGACACCCCCAUCACAGUCGUCCCGCUGGGGUUGACGUACUUCAACAAGGACCGCUUCCGCAGCGAAGUGUCGUUGGAGUUUGGCGAACCGAUCAUCGUGGACCAAGCGGUGAUUCACUCGGACGCGUUCAGCACCGAUGAAAGGUCCGAAGUGAAGCGGUUGACCGAGCAGCUCCAGGAACGCAUGCAUCGAGUGACGUUGAACGCGCAUAACUUUGAAUCGUUCCGUGUCGCGCGCACCAUCCGCCGUCUCUACUGCGCCAAGCCGCUGCAUCCCAAGGAUGACGUCCACUUUACACAGCAACUCGUGGAUCUCGUCGAGGGCAAGCUCACGACCAAAGAGACCGAGACCGUGGUGUUGACGCAGCUCAAGGCGGACGUGUCCAAGUACCAGCACGCGCUGGACGACUUGCGCAUCAAAGACAGCGACCUGCUGCUAGAUGUAAAGGAAUCCCUCGUCGCGCUCGCGGUGGAGCGGCUGAUGUACCUGUUGGUGCUGUUGCCGCUGGCGACGCCAGGGUUGGUGUUGAAUUUGCCCUUUUACUUUUUAGGCACAAAGCUGAACGUGUUGGCCGGGUAUACCGAGUCGCGGAGCAUGUUUAAGCUCGCGGCGGGAAUUGUGCUAGUCCCGGCGCAAUGGGUCGUGCUGAUCUCCACCGCCGCGUAUAUCUAUGGAUCGUCGGCCGCGUACGGACUAAUGAUUGCGCUGCCGUUCUUCCUCUAUUCGCACAUCCGUGUGUUGGAAGAGAGCCGGAGUAUCAUGGAGAACGUGUGGUACCUGGCCAACCUGGCCACACGAAAGGAACGCAUCGACGUGCUGCGCAACGAGCGCAAGGCCCUGGUCACCACUGUGCAGAGUUUGGUGAAUGCGCUCGUCAAGGACCCGGUGAUCGAUCGCAUCAACAAAGUCAACGCGACGUCCCACGGGCUUCGUCCGGCAGGUCUAAGUCUUCGAUAUCGACAAGAGUCAAGAAGCGACUUCAUUUAACCAGACGUGGCAGGACAUUUUCCUCGAUGUAACAUCACAAUCCAUAAACAUUCAAAAAAGUUCGUGGCAGUGAACGGUAUCCGAAAUCUGUCAUUUGGG